CAAGAUGAAUUGCGCGUGUAGUAAGGCAAAUGAACAGCGCUAUAUAUCCCUUGUAGGAUUUGUGUCCUCUUCCUGGUGAUGUCCGCAGCUUCACCGGUCCGGCAUAGUCCACCCCGGUGGAAAGAAAGGGUCGCCGAGGAGUGAUGCGCUCGAGCGGUAAGGGGGCCAUCAGCUGCGUGGUCGGCCUACCACUGUAGCGAGCACAUUUUACGCACCCUUUAAUGACGUCUCUCACCAACGAACGGCCAUGGAUUAUCCAGUAGCGUCGCGCCAGCAUGCUUCUGGGAAUAGAGGCAGACUGUUGUUGCGCGGGAGGGCAGGAAAGAAGGGCCCUGUGGUGCGCGAAAGACAGAAGACGCAAGUUCCCGUACCGCUGCUCCAGGUCCUCCCAGGCUCCUUGGUAUCCAGCAUCGGUGAUUGGCGUAUUUUGGAUGACCUCCGCUGCUUCUCCGGUCAAGGCCGACUUAAGGUACAGCAAUUUCCGUACAUCCUGAAGGUUGGGAACGCUGUGAACGAGACUCUUAAAAAGAUCUCGAAAACUCUCCCAUUUUAA